UAUUUGAUCUUUCAAACUAUCCAUAGAUGUGAAAACAGUUUGCAAUGCUUAUUCCCCAUGCCCCCAUCAUCUCUCCCCCCUUCUUAUUCCUUCCUACCUAUCCCUUUUUCCUAACUACCAAACUGCCAACUUCAAAGACUAGUUCAUUUCUUACAUGGAGACCUCACAAGCAUCAACUCUCAUCAACUCUAUAGCAAAAACUUCUCGUAUCGGUGGUCGUCAGAGAACGUCGAGCCGCUCCUCGACUCAUUCGACAUGGACGAAGAACUCGGUUUGGUGAAGGGUGCCAACUUUAGCUUCACUAGUCCAUGCUUCCAUUCUCCUGAAGUUGUAUUUGCAGACCAAAUUUUCUCUAAUGGUUUCCUUCUUCCACUUCACCUCAUUAGUCGACAAAAGAUCGAAUCGAUUCACAACCCUUUUGAUUCGUUAGACUCGUCUAAACCGCUUCUUUCUAAUUUCAUUCGAUCCUCAUCGCAAAACUCUUCCCCUAUCUUAAAUUCAUCUCAAAGUGUUCCGAUUUCGGUAAGCUCAAACACGUCGAAAAGCGAGAGUUCGAAGAGUGCGAAGUUCAAGUCAUCGUUGGCGAGGAUUUGGAGGAGAUCGACGAAGAAGUUCCUGCAUAAGUACGCGAGUUUUCUCAAACCGUUGUAUGUUAAGGUGAAGGAGAUGCGGUUAAGCUCGUCGAAGAAGUCAAGCAACCGAACGAGUUCGUCGAGGACGAGCAAUGCAUCUGUGAGCAUGGAAUGGUGCAGCGAGAGUGCCGAUAAUGCUGUUCAUGAAGCAAUUCUACACUGCAAGAAGUCAUUUCUAGGGGGAGAAGAACUAACGGAGAAAUUCUGAACCAAGUUAAGGGAGAAAAGAAGAACCAUUGAUGAAGACUUUGCUAGAGAUAUUCUCUGUGUUGUUGGCUUUGCUAAACUUAAUGUAAAUUUUUAGCUAUUCAGAAAAGUAAAAUGUUGUAAAUACUACCUAAACAACAAUGUAGUAUUAAGUAGUGACUUAAAUUUCAGUUCUCCAGUGACAAUCUAAUUUUUUUUCGGAAUAAGAGCCCCCAAUAUGCGAAUAUAAAAUAGAGGGAAAAAAAAGAAAAGAAAAGAAAAGGAAAGAAAAAACACUACAACAAAAUUGCCUUUUAGCGACAAUUAUCUCAUAGAUUAGCGGCGAUUAUAAUCGCCGCUACUCUCUCUACCGGCAAUUGUAAUAAUUGUCACUAUAAAUGGAAUCGGUAAAAGUCUAGCGGCAAUUAUAUUAGCGGCUGGUAAAAAGUAAAAUAAUUGUCACUAAAGAUUACUCUAUACCGGCAAUUAUAAAAGCCACUAAAAACAAAAUACAUUUGCCCAUAAAAUAUGUAACAUUAAUCACAAAUGCCAACAAAAAUAAGGUAAAUAGCCACUAAAUAUAAAAAAUAUUAAAUCAUCAUUAAAAGUCAUAUAUCCAAUUAAUCACUAUAAAAAUUUCAAAA